UACAUAUAACAAGAUUUAUUCAUCAACAAGGAAAUAUUCAAACAUUAGUAGUCAAACAAAGACAAUCACGAGAUUUACUUAUUACUCAACGUAUUCUAAUUAUUGUUAGUUUAUUACUUAUUCUUGGAAUACCUGGAAUGACUCUUAUAUUUAUGUUUAUAAUAACAGGUGAAGAACAUCCCAUACUUGCUCGAAUUGCAUUUUUUCCAGUUAGCGCAUCUCAAAUGGGAUUGAGUGUAGCAUUGCUUUUUUCUAUUCCACAACUGAAAAAAAUUGUUCUAAACUUACGAACAAUAAACACAGUGAUGCCAGUCAAUCAAACCGCACGAGGCACAGUGCAAAUGAGAACAAUUACGGGUACUCAAUAA